CAGCUUCCAAGUAGAAUGGUAGAAUGUACCCUCAAUAACUUGAAUCAAGUUCAGGUACGAGAUUUUUGAAUUUGUUGAACUUAACAGAUCAUAAAUUAAAUUUUGUUGCAAUGUCGGUGCCUAUCGGUGUUUCAAAAAGUUGGAAAGAGCAUAAUCGUCUACACAAAGAAAAACGAAAAAAGUGGCGGGAAGAGAGGUUAAUAAAGAAAGUUAAAAAAGAAAAAACAGCAAACGACGCAAAAGUGCAGGUAGCGGACGAGAAGAAAAAAAUUUCAGAAAGACCAGCGAUUUCGACUGUUAGUAUAGCGGUACCGGGUUCAAUAUUGGACAAUGCACAAUCGGCUGAAUUGCGAACCUACCUGGCUGGACAAAUUGCCCGGGCAGCGUGUGUCUACAAAAUCGACGAGGUUAUAGUCUUCGACGACAAAGGUGAAAUAACUGAGAACGAGAAGAGGAAAAUCCGUAAAGACGAGUCUUUGGGCGAGGGAAGAGUGGCUUGUUUACAAUUAGCAAGAAUUUUACAAUAUUUAGAAUGUCCUCAAUAUUUAAGAAAAUACUUUUUUCCACUGCAUAAAGAUUUGCAGUAUGCAGGAGUUUUGAAUCCCCUUGACGCACCCCACCAUCUAAGACAGCAAGAUCCAGCUGUGUUUCGUGAAGGUGUUGUUACAAACAAGCCCAUUAAACCUGGAAAAGGCUCUCAAGUUAAUGUAGGCCUACUGAAUGACGUUCACGUUGACAAAGUUUUGACGACUGGCCUUAGAGUUACUGUUAAAUUGUCAGAAAACCAAGACAAUUCAAAGAAACUCAAAGGCUGUGUAGUUUCACCAUUGGCGCCAAGAUUGGAAACAGGAAUUUACUGGGGAUACACUGUGAGAUUAGCUGCUAAUCUUACAGAAGUGUUUACCAAAAGUCCUUAUCCAAAAGGCUAUGACUUGACUGUGGGAACUUCUGAUAAAGGUCAAUCAAUAGAUGACCUCGAGCCUAACAGUUUAAACUACAAUCAUGCUCUAAUCGUUUUUGGUGGACUCUCCGGACUCGAAGCUGCACUGGACCUGGAUCCGCAUCUUAAUUUGGAUGACCCAGCUCUUCUUUUUGACAAAUAUAUCAAUACGUGUCCCCAGCAAGGCUCCAGAACUAUACGCACAGAAGAAGCUAUUCUUGUCAGUCUUUCUGAACUCAGAACUAAAUUCAAUCCCAAUAAUCCGCCUCUUCCGCAUCCCCAAUUCCUAUCUGUACCUCUGAAUAAUCAGAACUCUGAUAACAUCAAGAAUGGUGAAAAUAACAGUGCUGAACAAAAAGUGUAUGAUUCAGACUCAAGUACAAGCUCAAAAAAGAAUGAGAAAUUCUGACGUUUCUGUGUAAAACGAAAUCUGUUUCUAUCUCUUCGUGUAUAUUCACAAAAUUUUAUAUACAAUGAUAAAAAAUAAAACACUGAGCAAAUAAAAUUCAA